AUGGGUGCUCUCAGAAGAAAUGUGGGUUUGAUCGACUCAAAGGGUUGUUCAAAAUUGUUUCCUGUGUUACAAUCUCCUCCUCUUCCUCCAAUGUCUCAACCCGAUGGACCGUUCUCUACUCUUGUCAUCUGCGUCACUGGUUUAUCCAAAGAUGCAAGAAAACAAGUCAAGGAAGCGACAGAAAGUCUUGGAGGUGAGUAUAGUCCUCACCUCCACCAGCGAUCCUUUCUUAACAUAAACUGUAUUGGUACUAAAGCAUAUUAUGAUUCUUGCAAAUACAAUAUAUAUCUUACCACUCGAUUACAUUUGGGCUGCUUAACGAAAUCUUACAGCUCAUGUGGACGCAAGUUUGAGCACACUUUGAAACAUGGGGCAAGAAACGGCCUCUUUGUUGUUACUAUCAGCUGGUUUGUAGAUAGCGUCAGGAGAAACCUUAGGAUGAGCGAAUCACUUUACAAUGUUAAACAACUUGGACCAGAUAGCGGAAAGGUGGAUGAUGUGAGCCGGGUUAUUGAUCUCGAAUCUGUUUGUCGUCCUCGUGCAAUUCAGAAACCUGUACAUUUUGGCACAUCAGCAAAGAACCACCAAGAAACUUCUUCUGGAACAGAGACUGUCACUAGUGAAGACAUGACUCUCUCCGAUCAUUCCAUGUAUAUCGAUUCAGAUAUUUCAGAUGAACUCCGGCUUAAGGUGUUAAAAGUUGCUGGAGAUCAAGGAGCAAAGGUCAUAGAUUCGUGGUUUAUUGGUUGCAAUGCAAGUCUUGUCGUGUGUGAAGGUGCUUCUGUUCAGAGAUAUCUUGGUCACGCAAACACCAUUGUCUCACCACUAUGGGUACUGAAAACAGUGGAGAGACAUCGGCAAAGACUUGUUCACAUGUCACCAGAUUUAGCCAGACAGUUAGGAUUAAUGCUUGAAAAUUCUGAAGAUGGUGCUUCAAAGCAGAAAGUUUGCGAGGAAGGUAUUUCUCAAGAUGCUUCUAAGCUCAGAAGUAAAUCAAAACAAGAGAGGAAAGAGACUGUAAGUGUAGCUAAAACUGGGGUUAGGAGACGGCGUGCUCGCCAUAUGCAGACUUGCCAAAACCCAAUAAGACGCAUAACACAGAACAGCCUGCUGGAGAAUAUUUGCUGGACAGUGUCUGAAGCAGCUUCAACUGCCACUAUUUUCACUGAUUCUUGUAGCAUCAGUGGUUACAUCACUGAACCCCUGACUUCUGUUGUUGAAGAAGGGAAAGAUAAAGAGCUAGAUCCAGUAGCUUCUUUUUCAAACUCAACCAGAGCACUCACCGAGAGCGAGAAGACGGAAGUGAUAUUUAAAGACAACUUUCUUACAAUUCUGUAUCCAACUGAUCGGUUCUCGGAGAUGGGACCUUCUUCACGGACUUAUUUCAGUGAUAACGGAUUCACUUGCCUGCAAAUCUUAGACUACAUUCACAGUUUUUAUCAGGAGAACUUGCCGGAUCAUGAAAUAGAGGUUGCGAUUCACACGGACUCAAGGCACGCAGACCGUCUCAGAACAGUGUAUUGCAACAAAGACACAUCUGAUGAUGGAUACAUGGUUUUCCCAAGAAUAGAGUUGCUAGGAAGUAGGAAAAGUUUGGAAAUGCUUAAGCGAGUGAGUGGAGAGAACAACAGUAAUGUUUAUGAGCUCAUGAUUAGAGCUUGA